CCGGCAAGUACUCCGUAAUGCGCUACCGUCAGCUCUCACCAGAAACACCAUUCUUUUGAACUCUUUGCUUCAGCAUUUCCCUGUAAUUACGCAGACCGUCGACCAUUCGCGAGUGUACAAACAAAAGAAUAAAAAACACCCGAAGUUGUUCUUUGCAAUAGCAGGAGCAGAAGAAAAGAACAAGAGCAGCCAUGCCCGCGAUCCGCCCCGCCUCCAAGCGCAAGCCGCCGCCGGACGGAUUCGAAGAUAUCGAGGAGGACCUGCUCAUCUUCAGCAACAAGAUGAAGGAUGCGCAAAACACGCCGACCGACAACAUCCCAAAGCACCAGGCGCAGUGGCCCAUCUUCCAGAUCGCGCACCAGCGCAGCCGCUACGUAUACGAGCUCUACUAUGAGAAGGAAGCCAUCAGCAAGCAGCUGUACGACUGGCUGCUCAAGAACGGCUACGCCGACCCCAUGCUCAUUGCGAAGUGGAAGAAGCAGGGCUACGAGAAGCUCUGCUGCCUGCGCUGCAUUCAGACCAAGGAGACCAACUUCAACUCGACGUGCAUCUGCCGCGUGCCGAGGGCGCAGCUGAAGGAGGACCAAGACGUGCAGUGCGUCAAUUGUGGGUGUCGCGGUUGUGCGUCGACGGACUGAGCGAGGCAGGAACCGUGGCGUUUUUGGCGUGGAUAGAUCGUGGAGCGGAUUACAAGACCGUGGGGGGACUCUUUCAUAGUUCCAGGCCACACAUGCUUGGGCGACGGGAUAGACACUGUAAGAGUCGCUCCCCGUCAAACCGUGUUUCAUGCUCAAAAUGCUUACCGUGUCAGGAGAGGUAAUGGAAGGGCAUAAAAAUCGGCUCUUUACUGGUUGAUCUGGGCGGGUAUACGAUGUAAUGGCAUUCAACGAGACAUAGUU